CCAAAAGCACUUUCUUAUCAUGAAAAAGCCCUUGCAAUUCGACAACAAUCACUUCCUUCCAAUCAUCCUGAUUUGGGUGCUUCCUAUAACAACAUCGGUGUGGUGUAUGAGUAUAUGGGUGACUAUUCAAAAGCUCAUUUAUUUUAUGAACGUGCUGUACAAAAUGGACAGCAAUCAUUACCAACAAAUCAUCCUCAUCUUCAACAAUGGAGAAAAAACCUGGAAGACAUGAAAAAGAAAUUAUAA